AUGGUGCGCUUCAAGACUCGCUGGCUGCUGCUUUCCAUCGACGACAAGCCGCUAGCCUGCACUUCACCCUUUGGCUCGAUGAUCGACAAGCCGGAUAGUGAAUCCACAUCCAGCUCGACGGCUGCGCUCUAUUCGGCCGCACGACAACCGGCGUCGGCGCUUGGGCCUUCUCUUACGCCCCAACUUAUCACACGGCUGCUACGUGCCUCGCUGGUGUACAACUUUGGCGAUGUUGCUUCGGGUGCGUUUGGCGGCGUGCUGACGUGCAAGUACUACAGCCCUCACACGGGGACCGCCAUCGUACGCUGUUCGCGCGACGCAGCCAGGCUCGUGUGGGCAUCUGCAACGCUGCUUUCCAGCCCGAUCGAAGCCGAAGUGGGAACGAGCACCGACAAACUGCCAAGUCUUAGGAUGAGGGUGGUGCAUUGCGGAGGUACGAUCAAAAAGGUGCAGAACAAGGCGAUCGAGCUCGACACCAAACUCAUCCUGCGGCUUCGUGCCAGGCAGAAGAAGCUCGCUACCAACGCUGCCAACGGACAGAAGAAGCAAGAUGUGAAAACAACCGUUGUGCAAGAGGUACAGCCGCAAGUAGUCAAACUCGCACCCGUGCUCGGCGACGACGAGGACCUCGGAGAAGCUCUCGAUGCCAACGCUGCCGAACCUCCGACGACAAAGUUAGAGUUGCCCGUCCACCCUACUGCCCCGGCAAAAGCGAAUCAGGACUCCAAAAGCGAUGCCGAAACACAAGCGUUGAUUGCGCGCUCGCGAAAGGAGAUUAACUCCAUCUCUCACUAG